CAUUUUGAAACUGCAUGCUGUUGUUUUCUGUUCUGGAUUAGCUUCGCAUGGCCGAGGCAGAGUGGUUGAAUUUGAAAGGCGAGAGAUCAGUUUCGACUGGGAAAGAGCAAUGUAGAUUUUGAAUCCUCCCUACUUCCUUCUGUACUGUUAGUCAUGUCGCGUCUAAGCGCCAGUAGCAGUGACAGCAGCAGCUGUGAUGAGGCUGAUGCUUACUUUACCCCAGUGAGUAGUACUACUCUUACCCCCGCUCCCGGCCCCUCCUCGUUAAAACGACAGCAUGAUGAAACGGGGACUGAAACGGACGAAAGCCAUGAGUCACCUGUAAAGAAGCCCAAGGUUGUACCUAGUGGAUACAGCAGUGCGGCUCAGCGUAUGAUGGCACGGAUGGGUCACCAAGACGGCGAAGGCUUAGGAUCGACCAUAAAAGGCAUCGUCGAGCCCAUUCUGCCGGAGAUGCGAAUGGGAAAGCGUGGUCUUGGCUUCACUCUUCCAGGAUUCGAGCACACCGAUGAAGACUUUCAAGAAGAAGAUGCGGGAAAGGACGUUCCAGCGACUAUAAAGGAGAAGCCUGAAUGGGUGGAAUCAUGUACAGUGCCCAUUCCUGACCCAGAAGAGCUGAUGUCGUGGCUGCUAACUGGACCGCUCAAGCUGGAAAUCGAGGAUGAGACACACUUCUGUCCAGAAGCUCCACUCCGGAGUAUGCUAGCAUCAAAGUCAGCGUUUGAUCGUCUGGAGUCCAAUGAGUUUCUGAAAGCCAGAACCCGCUCCAAUCCGUACGAGCUGAUUAAGAACGGUAUUUUCCAGAAUCGUGCCGCUAUGAAAAUGGCGAAUAUGGAGAAGAUCUUCGACUAUAUGUUCACAUACCCCAAGAAACCCGAUGGAUCAGAGCUAGUGGGAAAGAUGGACCUGCUGUACUUUGCUGACAUCUGUUCAGCUCCUGGUGGAUUUUCGGAGUAUGUGCUUUGGCGGCGGCGGCAGGACAUGGCCAAGGGUUUUGGCUUCACAUUGAAAAGUGGCCCCGGCGUAAAUGACUUCAAGCUUGAUGACUUUUUUUCGGCGCCUGUGGAGUUCUUUGAGCCACACUAUGGCGUAGACGGAGUGAAUGGAGACGGUAAUAUCAUGGACUCCGAGAACAUCAAUGCAUUCCGAAGCUUUGUCCUCGACUCUACCGGUGGCCACGGCGUUCAUUUCGUCAUGGGCGACGGAGGAUUUUCAGUAGCUGGCCAGGAAAACAUCCAGGAGCUGCUCAGCAAACAGCUGGUGCUUUGUCAAUUCUGCAUGGCUAUGUCGAUCCUUCGACCAGGAGGCAGUUUUGUCUGCAAGAUCUUUGACGUCUUCACGCCUUUCACUGUCGGGUUAUUCUACCUGAUGUGGCUCUGCUUUGACAAAGUAGCUCUGUGCAAACCGCUCACAAGUCGGCCUGCCAAUUCAGAAAGGUAUGUGGUGUGUAAAGGCCUGCGCGAAGGUACUGAAGUGAUUUAUGACUACCUGUUCAUCCUCAACGUCCGCCUAAACGAGAUGAAGGCUGGUGGCCAGCAGACCGAGGACAUUCACGAGGUUGUUCCACUCGACAUGAUAAAGGCAGCAACGGGAUUCGCGUCGUAUGUGACUUCGUUCAAUGAGACAUUUUCCAAAGCUCAAAUCAAUGCUCUGAGACGCCUUGCUGCUUAUGUCCGCAACCCUGAUCUCAUCGUGCCUGACCAAGCUAAGAUUAAGCAUGAUUGCUUAUUGGAAUGGAAGGUGCCAGACAAGGUGCGGGCUGCUCCACAAAGAAAACCAGCUAGCGACAAGAUAGCCGAACUGGAUGCGGAAAGGGAGGUGCACAGCUUCCACGGCAGUGUGUACAAUCCAUCAGAUUUGACGAGUAUCGAGACACUCAAGCGCAGUGUGACCAGCCUGGACGAUUGGCACUGUUCAGUCUGCUGUGGACAACGGGUGCUUCUACUCGGAAUGGGGCGCUCAAAUGUUUUUGCCUUUCACAAAGAUAGCCGUAACUUGUGGAUCAAGGACUCCCGGACUGCCAAGCUUGUUCUUCCAGCGAACACGCUCAUUGAGGCAGAAAUUGUUGAGGAACUCAAAGGCGAAGGAAAGGGCCAACGUCGAUGUCCUACCGUGUACAUCACAGAUGCACUGUUUAUUUAUGGCAAAGAUGUCCGCCAGCGGCAUCAUGACGAUCGGCUGCGGCAUGCUGACAAAAUGGUCCGCGCUCUGCGCUGCCUGUCACGUUCAGACCUGAUGGUGAUCCGUGUGAACCAUCCCGUCAAGAUAAGCCGAGUUCACGAACUAUUUGACAGACUGUCGAUGAGAAAAGUAAAGGGCCGGGCGCAAGAGCGCCUGACCUAUCAACUUGCUGGCGGCAACGGGGAGCCAUUUGUGUGUCCUGAGGGAAUGUCGUUCAGCCGUCACAUUGCACCACCUUGGACGCGUUUGUUCAGCAAAUCCCAACAACGACCAUACUUCUGCAAUCCCAAUUUGAAGAAAUCAGUAUUCGAAUGCCCUACGGACGCACAUGCUGCCUACUCUCGCUAUCUGGACUCCAGGUGUAGCUGGCCAUGGGGUCGUGAUGACACACGAAUGCACUAUGAGCUGACCAAGCCGCCUUCAUCCGCUGCUGGCUCCUCCAUGAAAGCUUCUCUGCUCGAAUUCGUUGCUGCAGCGCGAUCUCACUGACCACCGUCAUGUAAUUUCGUCCGUGCCAUGUGCAGGGUUUUGUAAAAUACUAGGUGUCAAGUUUUGUGCCCCCCCCCCCCCCCCCCCCCAGAAGUGUUUCUCAUGCUUGUACAUAGCCAGCUCCAGUCAACACUAUUUGUUGCUAAUCCUUCGCUACAGAAACGCUUUUAAUCUCCUCCUAACGAUAUCGGUGCGUGUUAGUUUGCUGUUGCCAUCAUGGUUCUACCGCCAUGCACUGUUCAAGUACAUAAUAAUCAUCAUGAAACUACAAGUAUAUAAUCCUUUCAUAUUGAUCAUACUUUGCCUUUAAAAUUACUUUUGAUCCUUUAAAAAAAAUUCCACCAUUGUUAUCUUUUAUCCACCAUUAGUUUGGCUUGUACAUCUGUUGUUGACCAGGGACAUGUCCUUAUUCAAGUUUAGUAUCCGUCUACUAUCCAAUAUUUUUCGAUACCCUUUA